AUGGCCAGGACCUGCCUGCUCGUAUGGUCGUGCUGCUUGAUUUUGGCAUCACCCAAUGUUGUUCACGUCCUUUCAACUGUUGUACCAGGUGUAGGCGUGAACUGGGGCACAAUGGCUUUUCAUCCAUUGCCGCCUGAUAUAGUGGUUAACAUGUUGAAAGACAACGGCAUCACUAAGGUUAAGCUUUUCGAUUCCGAUUCUCCGACCUUGAAGGCCUUGUCUGGUACGGGCAUUGAGGUCAUGAUUGGCAUCCCUAAUAACCAGCUGUACAUACUAGCCGAUGGUAUAGAGGAUGCUAAAGAUUGGGUGAAAGAAAAUGUUACCGCGCAUCUUCAUGAUGGGGGUGUUGACAUCAAAUAUGUGGCUGUUGGGAAUGAGCCUUUCUUGUCAAGUUAUAAUAACACAUUUGACAAUAUUACAUUUCCAGCGUUGCAAAACGUUCAAAAGGCUUUGGACAAAGCUGGAGUCGGAGACAAAAUCAAAGCUACGAUACCCAUUAAUGCUGAUGUUUACGAAUCCCCUUCCAACAAACCAUCCGAUGGUAAUUUCCGUAAGGACGUAAAGGACGUCAUGGUUCAGAUUGUGAAGUUUCUCCAGCAAAAUAAAGCUCCCUUUGUUGUUAACAUUUAUCCAUUCCUUAGUCUUUAUCAAAACGCUGACUUCCCCUUUGAAUAUGCGUUCUUUGAUGGUAGUGGCAAAACAAUUUCUGAUAAAAAUGUUUCGUACACCAAUGUGUUCGAUGCAAAUUAUGAUACUCUCGUUUGGACGCUGAAGAAGAACAACGCUGAAGAUUUGAAGAUCGUAGUUGGGGAAGUUGGUUGGCCUACGGACGGUAACAUUAAUGCUAAUAACAACUUAGCCAAAAAGUUCUACGACGGCCUCCUGAAAAAGUUGGCUGCCAAGAAGGGAACCCCUCUCCGACCAGGCCAACUGGAUGUGUAUCUCUUUGACCUAAUCGACGAGAAUCAGAAGAGCAUUGCACCAGGAAAUUUUGAGAGACACUGGGGACUCUUUCGCUACGACGGGCAGCCGAAAUUUCCCAUAGAUUUGUCCGGAAAAGGCAACGACAAGAUGUUAAUAGCAGCGAAGGGAGUCCAGUACAUGCGACCUCAAUGGUGUGUGCUUAAUGAGGAAAACAAGAACUUGGCCAUGAUAGCAAAUGAGAUCGGCUAUGCUUGCUCUGAGUCUGAUUGCACAAGCUUGGGCUAUGGAUCAGCAUGCAACAAAAUGGACAUUGAUGGCAAUGUUUCUUAUGCUUUUAAUAUGUACUUCCAGAUGCAUAAUCAAGAUGAAGGGGCAUGUGACUUCAAUGGGUUAGCAAUGAUAGUUAAAACAAAUGCCUCUCAGGGAAGUUGCCUUUUCCCAUUGCAGCUUGCUGGAGCUGGGGAGAGACUCAAAUUGGCAUAUGGAGCAAGCAUUAUUCCAGGAUUACUGUUGGCAUUUUUUACUCUGAUGUAA